CUUCAAUAUCUUUUGCUAGAGACCAAAAUUGAAGAAAAAUUAGACCAUAGAAAAAAAACUUGAAGUUUGACGUUGAUGGCUCUCCUUUCUUCCAUUUUGUAAAUUCUUCUGCGGAAACAUCUUUCGAGAUGGCACCUACCGCUGAGAGUAAGGACCCCAAACGGGUGAUUAAGCACGGAAAACCAAGAAACUAUGACCUGGGUAAUGGUGUACUUAGGUUCUCCAAAACCAAAAUGUUCCACAAGAAAGCCUUGUACAAAUUCAUUGGCAAGAAAGUGGCACCCACAAAGAAACCCGUGAAGCCUACUGUUGUGGAAAAACCAAUUGGGGGCGAAAAGAACGGAGGAAAACGUUUUGUUCUAGUUACUAAGAGGAAAAACUACUACCCAACACAGGACAAGAUUCGUAAGAGGCCAGCCAAGAAAUGCUUCAAACAGCAUGUAAGGCAUCUUAGGCCUUCCCUAACUCCAGGAACUGUUCUCAUCCUUCUUGCUGGUUCCCACAAGGGUAAACGUGUUGUUUUAUUGAAACAACUGUACUCUGGACUUUUGUUGGUUACUGGACCUUUCGGUAUUAAUGGAUGUCCUUUGAGGCGUAUCAGCCAGAGGUAUGUGAUAGGUACUCAAACCAAAAUUGAUUUGAGCGAGGUCAAGAUCCCAGAACACAUAAAUGACGAAUACUUCAAGAGAGUCAGGGAGAAGAGAGCUAAAAAAGAGGAGGGUGAUAUCUUCCAGACCAAAAAGGAGGGUUACAAAGCUAGUGAGCAGCGUAAAGCUGAUCAAAAAAUUGUCGACAAGCAAAUCUUGGAAGCAAUUAGGAAACACGAGGACAAAAAGAUCCUUUUAGCUUACCUUUCAGCUAUGUUUGGCUUGAAAUCGUCCCAAUACCCACAUAGGCUGAAGUUUUAAUUUAAGACUCCAAUAUAUUAUGUUAAUAAAUAUUGGGUAUAAAAGUU